AACAGAUCUGGCUAUACUACAUAUAUCAUAUUUUGUAAAUGUGUCAAAAAAACAUGAAUGCAUGAUUGGGUUACAAGGUAUGUCAAACUCUGUCCACCAGGAGGAGACACCGUCACUACUUGAAGAACGGAUCCACUUCCAAAUGAUUGGCAUACUGAGACGCCAAUAGAACUUUAGACAGUCGCUAUUGUUACCAACCCAAAUGCAGAUGUACUGUUGGUAGGCGGGCACGGAACAGGAAAUGGUCUUAAUGAAUGAUGCAGUUUCAGCUCCACAGUGCAAACGUUUGUAAAUGAUCAAUAUUCAGUUAUAUAUGUAUUAACAUGCACUAUUAGAUGAGUUUCAAACAAGACGUUUGUUUUACUGGACUUCUGAAAUUUCAUCCCAGCAAAUAAUAUCCAUUGACGUUUGCUGCAUUUUCUCUGGUCUGCACCCUUUUCUGUCCACAGCAAUGGGGGAGGUUGAGCUGUCCUGUCUGGCCUAUGUGAAGAUGUACCUGCACGGCUGUUUGUUUCCACGGUGUAGUGUCAAUGGGCUGCUGUUGUCGUCCAGUCCAGCAGGUGGUGCUGUGUGUGUGACGGACUGUGUUCCCCUGCUCCACUCUCACUUACCUUUGGCUCCCAUCACCCAGCUUGGUCUCACACAGGUGGAUGUAUGGUGUGCACAGACACAGCAAAGGAUUGUAGGAUACUACCAAGCCAACGCUUGUGUGUCAGACAACAGCCCUACGCCAUGUGCAUUGAAGAUUGCAGAUAAGAUUGCCGAGCAGUGUAACAAUGCAGUUUUGUUAAUGAUUGAUGGUGGAAAGAUGUCACCUGACUACAGGGUGCCUCCCAUAGUGAUGUAUGAGCGGAAAGACACCCGCUGGACCCUCAAAGACAAACAUACGAUAAUGCUGCGGCAGUGGGAGGAGACCCGGGAAAUAGCCAAUCAGCUGCUGGACUCUGGAGAUCACUCAUUAUUAGUGGAUUUUGACAGCCAUUUGGACGACAUCACUAGGGACUGGACAAAUCAGAAACUCAAUGCCAAAAUAGCAGAGCUUGCCUCACCAGCCAAUGGUAAUGUCUGAAAUAAGUUUGUGGUUUUAAUUUGUUACUUUGAAAAAGUUUGAAUUAUUUGUCUUAAACCUACUGAUACUACAAAUUAAGAAUAUUUUUAUUAACAUCUAACAGUCAAAUAAGCGCACAUCAUCCAAGAUAAUAUGAAAUACAUUUAAUGCGGUCAGACAGAACAUUGAAUAAAAGACCAGCAUAAAUAACCAAUAUUUACAGUUUGACAAAUCUGUGCAGUCUUCCGGUCUCUCAGUCAGUGUGCCUUGUCAAACCCAGUAGCCAUGUUGUUAACCCACUUACAACUGACAAAGCUGUGCUCAUAGUUCACUGACUGCUAAUGGCAUCACAUUAUGUGCAUCCUGUCCCACUGCUUUCAGUAUGUAACCUUAUAUACAUUUAUUAAACUACAUCUACAAACUA